AUGCCAGAAAAAAAGUGUAUAUCUUGUGCUAAACUCAGUGUUCCGCUAGAGAAAGGUCAACUUAGAUCUCUAUUAACAGAUGGAGGAACAGUUUUCUCUUCCGUCAAUCAUCGACCCAAUUCCAAACACCACACAGAUAGUAUUGCUAAAAUCGAAGCGUAUCUCAAAAAAGCAAAUAAACCAAUUCCUGUUGGGUAUCGAAUUAGUAUCCCAAAUGGGGAGCUAGCUGCACAAAAUAUGCCACCUCAUUUUUAUAUGCGGGUAGUGCCAAAGUAUAAGAAGGAUUUUGGAUCUGUGAUGCAAGAUAAAGUCAUUGCAGAAAAUAACAAAUUGAUUGCUAAAUUAUGUGACGACAAUGGCAAAGAAAUGCCUACCUUCACCCGGGAAAGUCUA